AUGACUACAUUAAAUUUUUUCCCUUAAUGUAGUAUUAACGAUGUUUUUUAUGGGGGUAUUGGUGUUUUUACGAUUCCUAUGAGUGUCUUAGAUUUAAGUGAUUUAUAAAAUUCUACUAUAGGAGAUGAAUUUAGACCUUCAGACGAAAGCGAAAAAUGGCUUUUAUUAUCAAGAGAAUUAUCUUAAAAAGUUGAAUUAAUUCACAGAAUGAAAAAGUAAUUUAAUGAUAAGAAUAUUUCUUUAAAAUAAAAUGGUGAAGAAAUAACUGAUUUAAGAAAAAGCAUAAAGCUUUUAAAAAACGAGAAUAAUCUAUUAUAAAAGAGAAUUAAUUCUGAAAAAAGAAUAGAAUAAUAAACUAAAGUUACAUAAGAAAUAAGAAACAUGUCAGAAAAAUAAUUAGUUGAUAAUUUAAUAAAAGUGUCAACUAAAUACAGAGAAGAAGCUUUAAGAAAUGAAAAAUUUGAUGAGAAAAUAAAAGAAAUUUAUAAUUAAAUUAUUUAGGCAAAACAUAAUCAGAAAGAGUGUGAAACUUUACAAAAUACAUUGAGAAGUAGAGUAUUUGGGAAUGGGAAUUCUGAAAUUGAUAGAGGAAAAAAUGAAGUUUUAAAAUUAUAAAAUAUUAAUAAGAAAAUUAUUGAUAUUGUUAAUUAAAAAUAAAAUAACGAAUUAAAUGAAAACUAUUUUGAUGCAUAAGGUGAAUUAUUUUAACUUGAAAGGUUGAGGCUUUAUAAGAAGAAUAUAAUUUAAAUGCGAUUGAAAAUUUAAAUAAAAUAAGAUGCUUUAUCAAAUUUAUAAAUAUUUUGA